AUGGCCAAGGUGACCUUGGAUUUGUCCAAGUUACGAACACUGGUAACCAUCUUCGCCUUCUGGGAUGGCGAGGCACGACAACAGAUCACAGAGUCAGAUUUCAUGCACAAGGAAAUGAAAACCGUCAUCAAGGUGGAAUCUGUCUCGAUCUCGGCAAGAGUGCCACCAUCAACAACAACCACACAGUGUGCCACAUUUCCUUCUUCGAUUUCAAGCUCUCCAGCGGUCAUCAUCGAGGACAGUUUCUCCAUGCCAUCAGCUAUAGAUAGAACGAUCACCUUCGAGUAA